AUGCAGUUCGACGACACAGAUUUGAUCUCAGCCUGUUCAGCGAAACAAGUACCACCACAAAAACCAGUGCAAACAGUAGCUGAGUUUCUUCAAAGCGUCAUUGUAAAAGAUUCAUUACCGAAAGAAGACCUCAGGAGAUCAUGGAACAACAAGAAAUCUGAGAGGGAGAAGCUGUUGAAACAGUGGAACAAAGCGAAGGAGUCGCUAGCAUAUUGGGUCUCGAAGACGUCGUUUCUUGAAUACCAGCUGAACAGAAACGCAGAAGAACUUGAAAGGAUGCGAGGGCGGAUGCUAGCGGAUUGCUUGAGUGAAGAUUGA